GCGGUUAUCUGAGCGUGUGUCACUGCAGAAGCAGAUGCUCCGUCCAGGCUGGUUUAAGUCCUCUAAGAAGCCACUAGUCCAAUUAACCAAGAGGAGGCAGAAAUCCGCGCAUGUCUGCUAUUAAACUAACUUACUGCCCCUCGGCUAGACGAUGGAUGUGAGCGCCGCUCCGUCAUAUGGCGACGAUCUGACACGACAGCCCGCCAUCAGCAAACAAGUUGGACCAGAAGCGCCACAGUAUCAUCAGUGAGAUGCGGGUGUGUUUUGAGCGGUGACAGUCGCGAUUUGGGCUCACACAGUAAGCCUUUAUAAGCUCCUGGAGAGUAGCUGUUACUCCUUUGGCGACGCUGCGGACUUUCCUCGAGCUGUUUGUGAAGGCGGAUCGUUAACAUGGAAACACACACUGAUGUGCUGCUCGUCACCGCAAAUGUCGGGUCACUCUUUGACAAUGUGGGUGAAAUUCAAAACGAAUGGGUGCAAGAACUGUAUAGGACCAUCCACAGCUACAAGCCGAAGUUCAUCGCCCUGCACUUCCAGGAGGUGGGAGGGAAGGACUACAUGGUCAACAUGGGCCUUGCUGAACAGUUCUUUUGGAGCAUUGAGUCCAGUGAGGAAAUGAAAGACUUUGACAGGUCCUGCAUCUACGUGGACAACCAGUUCAAAGCAGAAGACAGCUUCACGGCUUUGGGCAGCAUGUACUUCAUCCACAAGACACUGAAAAACAUCUAUCAGUAUGAUUUUAAUGUUAAGGAUUUUAAAGCAGUGUCGGGGCAGAACAAACACAUGGGCUCUCUGGAUGUGGUCGCCGCAGUGGAGAAAGAAAAAUUCCCAAAGAAUUUCUGGCCUGAUUUCAAGUGGUCCAGAAAGGGCUUCAUGAGGACCCGCUGGAUCAUACACAACCAAGGUCUGGACCUGGUCAAUGUCCACCUGUUCCAUGAUGCCUCCAACCUCAUUGCCUGCAACUCCAGUCCUUCCAUUUACUCAGCCAACCGCAAACGCGCUCUCAGAUAUGUCAUCAACAGGAUAUCAGACAGCCGCUACACUCCUCUGCCUUUCUUCCUGUUUGGAGAUUUCAACUUCCGAUUAGACACACUGAGUCUGGUCCAGCACCUGUCCACCUCGGCAGAUGUGCAGACAGUGAAGAUGGACAGCAGCAACAAAGUGGAGAAAAUCAUCUGCGAAGAAAAAGAUAACGACCACCAGGUCGUGCUCCACAUUGAGGAAAAGAUGUUUGACUACUUGCACCAGGCGAUUUUCAGGGAGGACAAUGGCAGAGCACUUUUGAAAUAUGACAAAGAAGUCACAGCCUUUCAUGAUGUUAUUAGGGAAGAGGACAUCACGUUUCCACCCAGCUACCCCUACAGUGAAGAGUACACUAAACCGACCCAGUACAUGAACACUCGCUGUCCCGCCUGGUGUGAUCGGAUCCUCAUGUCAAACACAGCCCAGGAAUUCAUCCAUAAGAGAGAUGACGAUGAGAAGAGUGUUGUUUACGACACAGUGGGCCCUAAUAUCUGUAUGGGAGACCAUAAGCCGGUUUUCUUGUUCUUCUCACUGAAGACAAACGACCAUUGACUCGGAUCCUUCUCAAUGGUCAGAGCAUGUGCCAGUGUGUGUGUGUGUGUCUGCCGCAGGUCUUCGGCCACACCUUCCACAGAGCUCUUCCACAGUGUCAGUACUAGAGGUUAAUCAACAUGAUGGUUACCCGCCACAACCCACCAACUCAUCAGCCAGCUACGGGUCUCGACACAUUUAGUCCCCGUUGUUAAAACCCCGACCUCAUGUCACUGGUGUCUCCCAUCUGAUCUCAUUGCCACAUACUGUCGACCACAGCUGCAGAGACACAGAUUUAUCAGCUGCUGUCGUGGAUUUCUGAGGCAGUUGCUCUGAUUCUUCAACUCACUCUCAGAUCUUAAGCCCCCCUCACCUGAAAGCUCAGUGUCACUGAGGACGUCAAUACAGUUCCUGCUUGCAGCCAUGGAGACUGUGAUCGAACGAUGACAUAAAGACUGCAGUGUAUGAUUGUGGACCAGCCCUUUUACAUGGAUGUGUACAAGAAUAUGCAACGUUUUUAUAAGAGCGAUUGUGGUCAUUACAUUUUUUUAAAUGUCUUUUUUUACAGGCAGUGUCAGAUAACCCCCGGCCAAGGCAUCACAAAUUUACUCAUUCUGUUUUGGCGCUAAGUAAUCUAUGAAAUCUCAGUCAGUCAGGCCGCUCUGUAGCAACUGAACUGGAUAGCUUCCACUCAGUAGGUUUUCAAUUAGCAGUUGAAUUCAGCCAAUCACAAGCCAGUAUUGUGAAACUCCUUUUAGCGAAAUAAUUUGAAGAACAUCAGUGUUGUUAUGAGUUUAUGUAAAAAAGGAAAUAAUGAAAACUAAAAAAUAUGUGAUCUGACCAAGUAUAGGCCUACUGAGCAUGUGUGCAUGCUUUUAUUUUGUAUUUUAUUACAUUUUUAGUUCAGGUAUUUACUUUUUUAAGUUGUUUACUAUCAAUAUAAGCAGUAUAUUUUACACCACAGGGAAACACAGUAGAGGAAUGCUGCUAUCUCAGUUUCCUGUUGACAUGUUUAGUCAGUUAUCCUCUGUAGCUAAAAUAUUUUCCAUGAAGGAUUUCUCACUUACAUGUAGCUGCUUCAUCACAGCAGCUUUAACUAUGUCACAAGUCUCUUGAUUACUGUGCAUAACAAAAUCUAUUACAGAAUUUAUUUUGAUAAAUGUAUGUGGUGAUAAUAAUAUGGAAAUGAUGUAGAAAAGACACUAGACAGUGGACUAAAAGGCCAAUAAGAUUUUAAAGCAGCAACAAAACCAACUGCAACAGUUUUGUCUGUUUAUGAAUGUUGUGGUAGGAGCUGAAUGAAGUAGUUUCACCUUGUUUAAUUUGAAGCAGCAUUCUUUUGCAGUUUUUUCCGUGUACCAAUAAUAAUACCAAGUGCUUUAUUCCACAAGCUAUAACUCAGCAGUUCUCCAUGUUUCGAUUUCCUCAAUUAGAGAAAGUUUUCUUCAGAAAUCUCUUCCACCCCGUUCUGGUUGGCAUCAACCAUAUUUCAUUGCCAAAAUAAUUAUACGUAGGGCUGGACGAUAUGGCCAAAAAUUUUAUCACAAUAAAAAGUUUCAUAUCUUUUGAUAUCGAAUUAUCACGAUAAAUAUCAAAUCAUUAUUUCUUUUGAGUUUAUAGACUCAA